AUUCCGAUAUCACCUAUUCGAUGGAGUUGGUUUGUCCGACAGAUGCGGAGGAAGAAGAGAUCGAAAUCCCCGCAAAGCGAAAUCUCCGGAAAGGAAACUGGGACGAUCCUGAAUAUGCAAAACAGCGAAUGAUCUUUGAGAAGCAAUUUAAAGAGAGUGAGGGUUACGAUGUUGAUUGGGAUAGUAUGGACUACAACUUCCCGGGCAGCAUAGUCGAUUCGAGAGGAGAUUAUGAUGAUCAACUUAGCAAUAAGGAGUUAAUGAUAAUGCUCAUAAAUACAGCCAUUGACGAAGCUAACGAAGAAAAUGGAACAAAACUUAAGCUUGUCAAGUAUGUGACUGCAAAUGUAGUGGGCGCCAAAGGGUUUCUGUUUUUUAUAACAUUUUGGGCAAAGGAUCUGUCCGCACCAAAUCCAGAGCCACAAUGUUACCAAGCAAAGGUGCUCUGGUUUAUGGAUGAUGUCGAUGUUCGUGAAUUCAGGCUGAGGCCAACGCAAUAAUUUGAU